UCGAUUCUCGUCAUAAGCAAGUGUCAUGGCGGCUGCUAGGUUGCCUCCGCAUGUUCUAGAGACGUUGUUUUCCUAUUUGGACAUAUCCGAUCUUAGAAAUUGCUCUCUUGUAUGUAAAAACUGGUAUAAAUUUUUAAACGACGAAAAUAACGAUGUAUGGAGGUUACACUGUGUGAGAAAAUUAGCAGAAGAGGCCUUGAAAUCGGAUUUGUUGAGCAAUGUUCCGACUUACAAAGCCAAAUUACGUGCGUUUUAUCACUCUUGGAAUCCAAACGACUGCUCAAGAAACAUAUAUGUGAAGCCAAACGGAUUUACAAUUCAUCGCAACCCAGUUGCACAAAGUACAGAUGCCGCAAGGGGCAAGAUCGGCUUCAGGACAGGUCGACAUUGUUGGGAGGUUUGGUGGGAAGGGCCACUCGGAACGGUAGCGGUGAUCGGUCUUGCCACCAAAAACUCUUCCAUGCAGGUUCAAGGAUAUGUGUCGCUAGUAGGAAAUGAUGAUCAAAGUUGGGGAUGGAAUCUUGUAGAUAAUCAUUUAAUACAUAAUGGAGACAGCCAAGGAAAUUAUCCUCUAUUGAACAAUGCGCCGAAAUAUCAGGUUGGCGAGAGGAUACGAGUGAUUUUAGACUGUGAAGACAAUACGUUAGCUUUUGAAAAAAAUUAUGAAUUUUUAGGUGUAGCUUUUCGUGGUUUACCAGACACACAUCUUUACCCUUCUGUAUCAGCUGUGUAUGGCAACACUGAAGUCUCAAUGGUUUACCUUGGUCCGCCGCUGGAUGGCUGACGAUGUGCUUGUGCUCCCAGGGGAGCCCUACAGACUCUGCAGAUAGUGAUUAUUAUAAACUGGGCUCCAUGUGCCCUUAAAUUCCAUUCUUAUCAACUGAUUGUCGAUGGAUGACAGAGUGCUUGUCAAGAAGCAGAAGAGAAUGUUAUCAUCUUGUCAUCAAGGGCCAAUUUGGCUCCCGAAAUACCAUUCUAUUCACAUGACCAGUGACAAAUUGUUUUUCGUCCUAGAGCAGUGGAUGUUCACAUCAUCAAGGAAUCAGAGUGAAAAUUCCAUUUUUAUCAUAACCAUCAAUUUGGUGUUGCUUGUCAAAGAGCUGUGUAAAGUCCACAUCUGAUUCUCAGCUGACCAAAACAAUUCCAUAGUAACAUCAGGGGACAUCUGCCGUCUUGGCAGGAACACUGUCAAUAGUGAUCGUCAUGCCAUGUGUGACAGGCUCAUAUAUUCCAGAUGUGUCAUUAUGUGAGAUUAUUGUCUUAGAAGUGUUGUUGUCACGGCAUCUGAUUCUAUUGAUUCAUUGUGGGAAAUUUGUUUAUCUAUUACUAGGUUAACCUUGCUUUUGACAUCUGUUUUCAUAGAGGGGCGGUGGGGUAGCUAAGUGGUUUAACCGUUAGCUCGUCACGCCGAAGACCCAGGUUUAUUCCCCACAUGGGUACGAGGUGUGAAACCCAUUUCUUUUGUCCCCACAUCUGUACCAUCUUCGAUCUGGUGUCCCUGCCGGUAAUAUUGCUGGAAUAUUGCUAAAAGCGACCUAAAACCAUACUCACUCAAUCACUGUUUUCAUCGUAGUACAAGGUCCAUAAUUCAGCAUAAGAACCUCAUGGCCAUUGUUCCAUCAUCUUAGAUUUUGUGUUUCAAUAUACCAAUGGCCAAUAAGUUUUAUUUCAAAACAGCCACUAGUCGUGUCGAAGUAAUAGUUAGUUUGGUUCAAUGUAUGUUUCCAAAUUCAUUAUAAACAAAAAUAUAUUUUUCAAAACUGUUGCCAGAAGAUAUCCCAAAUCUUCCCUUAAGUGUUGAUGAACCAUAUUUACAGCAUUUGUGUUGAUCAAAAUAAACUGAUUGAGUAUGAUAUCCUGCAUGCUACUCAGUCAUAGCUUUUGUAUCAAAAUAACAUGAGCUCACAAUAGCAAUAAAGUCGUUGUCAGACUUGCCUAUCCUUACGAUUUUGGCAUAAGGCUUACUAUUUUUGGUGCAAAAUUUCAACCUUACGAUCAUACUGAAAUUCCUUACGACUUUACAGAGUCAUUUACGGUACAUAAAGUACUGAAAAAUAGAAGUCGAAUAUUAUAAAAAAAUAACCUUUGCAUCUUCCAGUGCUGGUAAAGUUUAUUUCAAAGUGAAACACUUUAACAAUGAUAAUUAGAUUGGCACCACCUUUGACUAUUAAACACUAUAUUAAGAUUAUAACCAGCUAUGUUUUUCCUUUAUUUCUUGACAUUAACAUGUCUUACUAUCAAAUACACCCACCUUACUAUUUUAUUUAGCUGAUCUUACUAUUUUUUUUAAAAGGGGGUAGGCAAGUCUGCAUUGUCAAUUCAUGUUGAAGAGACAUUCCUUAGGUUAAUUAUAUUAAACAUAAAUGACUGGUAAUAUGGUCCAGUGGGUAGAGGUUUUGCCUGGUUAUGUUGUACCCAAAGACGUUAGAGUAGCAGUCAGCAUUUAGUGAUUAAAACAAUUACUGGCUAGCUCAAAGUCUGUGUACUGUGUCUGAGCCAGGUAUCAUUUUUUGCAUAGGGCUAGCAUUUCAGAACCGGCAUUAGCCAGAAUGAGAAGAAGCAGAGGGACACAGACAUGUAUACACAUUGUGAUAUUAGUGUAAGAAGCGUGAGCGGACCCAUGAAGAUCCGUGUGAGAAUUGAUCUUCAGCAACCCAUGUUUGUUGUAAGAGGCGACUAACGG